AUGCCUCGCUCUCCCUUCUGCCCGUCGCUGGCCCUUCCGCUCGUUGCACUCCCUUACGCCCAUCGCCCUCCCUCCCGCCGUCGCCCUCCCUUGUGCCCAUCCCUUCCACCCGUCGCUCUCCUAUCCGCCUCGCUCUCCCUUCCGCCCAUCGCUGGCCCUUCCGCCCGUCGCACUCCCUUACGCCCAUCGCCCUCCCUCCCGCCGUCGCCCUCCCUUGUGCCCGUCGCCCUCCCUAGCGCUCGCCGCACUCCCUUCCACCGUCGCCCUCCCUUCCGCCCGACGCACUCCCUAGCGCUCGUUGCAUCCCCUUCCGCCCGUCGCACUCACUUCCGCCCGUCGCACUCCCUCCGCUUGUCGCACUUCCUUCCGCCCGUCACCCGCCCUUCCGCCGUCGCCCUCCCUUCUGCCCGACGCUCUCCCUUCCGCCCGUCGCCCUCGUCUCAUCGCCCUCCUCCCUCCCAUUCCCCUCCCGGCCGCCCACCGCCCUACCUUCCCCUCGUCGCGCUCCCUUCCGCCCGUUGCCCCCCUUUGUCUCGUCGCACUCCCUGA